AUGUUUGUUGAUAAAGAGACGGGAAAAGAGAAGGAGAAAAUUAAAGGUUAUGCUCAUCGGAGCAGCCAAGAGAAGGAUGAGGUUAAGUACGAAUGUGAUUUUGAGAUUCCAAAAGGCUUUGGGGGGAUUGGAGGUGUAUUGGUGGAGAAUGAACACCACAAUGAGAUGUACCUCAAGAACAUUGUCUUUGAUGGAUUAGCCCAUGGCGUCCUUAUGGUCACCUGUAAUUCAUGGGUUGCUCCCAAGUCUGAUAACUCCGAGAAGAGAAUUUUCUUCACCAACAAGUCAUACCUGCCAUGUCAAACUCCAGGUGGGUUGACGGGGCUGAGGAAGAAAGAACUAGAAAAUCUAAGAGGAAAUGGACAAGGCGAACGCAAGACAAAUGACCGGAUUUAUGAUUACGAUGUUUACAAUGACCUUGGAAAUCCCGACUCUAAACCUGAACUAAAGCGCCCUGUCCUUGGUGGGAAACAACAUCCUUACCCUAGACGUUGUAGAACUGGCCGACCACAUUGCAAGACUGAUCCAUUGUCAGAGUCAAGGACUGCGAUUGUUUACGUGCCCAGAGACGAGGCCUUCUCAGAGGUGAAGUUGCUUACGUUCACAGCCACGACCGCUGACCAGGUUGCGCACGCAUUGUUUCAGUCGUUGGAUACAAUAUUUGUAGACCCCGAUCUCGGCUUUGCAACCUUCACAGACAUAGAAUCCUUGUUCAAUGAAGGGAUUCACGUUCCUCCCCUGUCCAAAAAUGGGUUUUUGAAGGAUCUUUUCCCUAGGAUACUCAAGUCUAUUGCCGAUACUCAAGAAGAGGUGAUACGAUUUGAAACCCCAAAGAUGUUUGAAAGAGAUAGAUUUUCUUGGUUUAGAGACGAGGAGUUUGCCCGACAGACUCUUGCUGGUGUGAAUCCGUACAGCAUACAGUUGGUCAAGGAAUGGCCAUUGAUGAGUAAAUUAAAUCCGGAGAUAGAUGGUGCACCCGAAUCAUCAAUCACCACAGAGGUGGUUGAGCAACAGAUAAAGGGCUUCAUGACCCUUGAAGAGGCCUUGCAAAAAAAGAAGCUAUUUAUGCUGGAUUACCAUGACCUACUUCUUCCCUACGUGAAGAGGGUAAGGGAUAUUAAAGGAACGACACUUUACGGAUCAAGAACAUUGUUCUUCCUAACCCCAGAUGGGACCUUGAUGCCAUUAGCCAUUGAACUUACUCGGCCUCCACUGGACGGUAAGCCUCUGUGGAGGCAAGUUUUCACUCCUUCCUCUUGUGAUGCUACGGCCUGCUGGCUUUGGAGGCUAGCCAAGACUCAUGUCCUUGCUCACGACUCUGGCCAUCACGAGCUUAUUAGUCACUGCGCUAUGCACCCUGUAUACAGACUAUUGCACCCUCAUUUCCGAUACACAAUGGAGAUCAAUGCUUUGGCUCGAGAAGCUCUCAUCAAUGCUGAUGGGAUCAUCGAGUCAUCUUUCUCACCUGCCAAGUAUUCCAUGGAACUUAGCUCUGUUGCUUAUGAACAGCAAUGGCAAUUCGAUUUGCAGGCACUACCGGCAGAUUUGAUUAGCAGAAUAUGUCAAACACUAUUACCCGAUGAAGGCCUUGUAAAAUCUGAUGAAGAGCUUCAAGCAUGGUGGACAGAAAUUCGAACAGUAGGUCAUGCAGACAAGAAAGAUGCUCCAUGGUGGCCAGUGCUAAAUACUUCAGAUGAUCUAAUUGGCAUACUUACAACCAUUAUAUGGGUUGCAUCUUGUCACCAUGCCGCCGUCAACUUUGGUCAGUAUGCUUUUGGAGGCUAUUUUCCUAAUAGACCAACCAUUGCUAGAAGGAAAAUCCCCACUGAAGACCAGACAGACGAAGAAUGGAAUCAUUUCUUGAACAAGCCAGAAGAGGAAGUCUUGUUAUGCUUUCCUUCACAAAUCCAAGCUACAAAAGUUAUGGCCAUUCUCUACCUAUUGUCCAAUCAUUCCAUAGAUGAGGAGUAUCUUGGGCAGGAGAUGGAAUCAUCGUGGGCAGAAAAUCCAAAGAUAAGGGAAUGUUUUGAACUAUUUAAUGGGAAGCUGAGGGAAAUUGUAGGGAUAAUAGAUACUAGGAAUAAAAACAAAAAUUUGAAGAAUAGGAGUGGAGCAGGGGUGGUGCCAUAUGAACUCCUGAAACCAUUUUCACAACCUGGAGUGACUGCAAAGGGAGUCCCUAAUAGCAUCUCCAUCUAA